AUGUUGGACCACCUGGCCUCAGCCAAUCCCGUGUCUCUCUGCGAUCCAAUGCAUGCGGGAAAGGAAGGCAGCCAACCAGAGAAGGACAUGGAUGAGACGCAGUAUAUAAUGAGCGGCGUGGCCAGCGUGGCGGACUCGGAUGGAAGGCGCCUGACGCUGGUCAACACAAGCAAAGACCCUUCAAUGCAAGUUGAAUUUGUCAUGGCGGUCAUCCGAUGUCCAAUAAAGUGGAUCCAUAGACAUUGCCCGGGAUUAGGAUCAUUGCAUCUGAAGAGGCAUUGGCAACUCAUCGACGACGACUUGGACAGUAAAAGCCAGCUGGACUGCAACUGCGAAGGACCUUCAAUGGAUGAUGAGUCUUUCCUGCAAGUCUACAAGAGCAAAGGCUCGGGCAUUUUACAGUGGCGUCGGAUCAAGGCGCAGACAUGUUGGACCACCUGGCCUCAGCCAAUCGCGUGUCUCUUUGUGACCCAAUGGCAUGCGGGAAAGGAAGGCAGCCAACCAGAGAAGGACAUGGAUGAGUUGCAGUAUGUAAUGAGCGGCGUGGCUAGCAUCGUGGACUCGGAUGGAAGAACCACACGUCAGGCGCCUUCCAUGAUAGUCCACCACGCUGGCCACGCCGCUCAUUAUAUACUGCUCCUCAAUCGUGUCCUUCUCUGGUUGGCUGCUUAUCUUCCUCGCGUGCCAGAGGAACACCGAGAGACACAGGAUUGGCUGCGGCCAGGUGGUCCAACAUGUCUGCGCCCUGAUCCGACGCCAUAA